AGGCCUUCAAAUCUAACCGAACACGGCAAAAUGGUAAUUUCGAAAAUUUGCUGUAUCGGUGCUGGAUACGUUGGGGGGCCCACGUGCAGCGUGAUGGCACUAAAGUGUCCGGAUAUUCAGAUAACGGUCGUCGAUCGUAGCACCGAACGGAUAGCCCAAUGGAACUCGGACAAGCUGCCAAUUUACGAGCCCGGUCUGGAUGAAGUUGUGCGCGAAUGCCGCAACCGUAACCUGUUCUUCUCCACCGACAUCGAGAAGGCCAUUCAGGAAGCGGAACUCAUCUUCAUCUCCGUCAACACGCCCACCAAAACGUACGGCAAUGGGCGAGGACGUGCAGCCGACCUGAAGUACGUGGAAGGCUGUGCUCGCAUGAUUGCCGAGAUGUCGCAAAACAGUAAGAUCGUGGUGGAGAAAAGUACGGUACCGGUACGGGCAGCGGAAAGCAUUAUGCAUAUCCUGAAAGCCAACCACAAACCGGGCGUCAAGUAUGACAUCCUAUCGAACCCCGAAUUUCUUGCCGAAGGUACGGCUGUGGAGGACCUCCUGAAGCCCGAUCGUGUACUGAUCGGUGGAGAGCAAACGCCUGAAGGUCAGGCAGCGAUCGAGAAGCUGUGCUGGGUGUACGAACAUUGGAUCCCGAAGAAGAACAUCAUUACGACCAACACGUGGAGUUCGGAGUUGUCCAAGCUGGCAGCGAAUGCUUUCCUGGCGCAACGCAUAUCCUCCAUCAACUCGCUGUCGGCCGUGUGUGAAGCAACCGGUGCGGACGUGUCGGAAGUUGCCCGUGCCGUUGGGUUGGAUUCUCGCAUUGGGCCAAAGUUUCUGCAGGCAUCGGUUGGGUUUGGGGGCAGCUGCUUCCAGAAGGAUAUCCUCAAUCUGGUGUACAUCUGCGAGGGGUUAAAUUUGCCGGAGGUGGCCGCCUACUGGCAGCAGGUGAUCGAUAUGAACGAUUACCAAAAGACACGCUUCUCGCAGAAGAUUAUCGAGUGCCUGUUCAACACGGUCACCGACAAGCGCAUCUCGAUAUUGGGCUUUGCGUUUAAGAAAAACACGGGAGACACGCGCGAAACGCCUGCGAUUACCGUUUGCCGGACGCUGCUGGACGAGGGCGCCCAGCUAAAUAUCUACGAUCCGAAGGUGGAACCGGAACAGAUCAUUGCGGACCUGACGCAUCCGAAGGUUACCGAGAGUCCGGAGCACGUGAAGCGGGCGGUGCAGAUCUUUGCCGAUCCGUACGACGCGGUCCGGGGCACGCAUGCCCUCGUCGUCUGCACCGAAUGGGAUGAGUUUGUCGUAUGUCAUCAAUGUCACCGUCACAUCGCGUCGAAGCCGACGGUUGCGGGACAUCCCAACCAAAACCACCAUCACAACCUUCCGCCCCACCAUCCCUCGUCAAACCACGAACCAAGGUGCCCGGUCGAUUCUAAUACUGUACCCGUUGUCCCUUUUGCUUUCUUCCCGCAGAGUCUCAACUACGAGCGCAUCUACGCCUCGAUGAUGAAGCCGGCGUACAUCUUCGAUGGGCGCAAGAUACUGCCGCACGAGCGGCUCCAGCAGAUCGGGUUCCACGUGCAGACGAUCGGCAAGCGGCUGUUGCAGCAGGAUACGGCCACUGUACGGCCACCUUUUGCGGCGGCCCAUCAUCUGACGAAUGGGCAUGGUCCGCUGCCGGCCAACGGAGAUGGUCCCAGUGCGCAGGCCUAGUAGCUCUGUUGCCUCGUAGAUAGUAGUAGUAGUGCCGCUAGUGACAUCGCUUCACCCACAGA